AUGCUGCGGCUCACGGGCUGCGCUGUGGGCACGGGCCUUCUGUUCGUCUGCGGCCUGGUGGCCUUCGCUGGCAUGCGCAUCCUCAUGUGCAGCGCGGUGAAGCUUCAGGUGUACACGUUCAGCGGGCUCCUGUCAAAGUGCCUGGGCGCCAUGAGCGGGAUUUUCUUGGACGUCAGCCUGUUCUGCUAUGGGACUGGCUCGUGCAUUGCCUACUUCAUUUUCCUGGGGGACUUCAUUCCCGACCUUGUGCUCUACUUUGGGUACCUCUUUGGGGCGUUUGGUCAGGCAGACGGUCCCCUUCACGCGCAGGAUAUUCGCACGCAUUGCUUGAUCGGGUCGCUGGUGCUGAUCAUCCCCCUCUGCUUUCCGAAAGAGCUGUCUGCUCUUCGCCACGUGUCCCCUAUCGCUCUGGCUGGUAUUCUCUACACCGCGGUUGUCGUGUUUGGCAAGAUGUGCUGGAGGCUGCACGUCCACGACCACCAGAUCGAAUCCGUCAGCAUUGAGCUGCAGGCGGGCGAUAUGACGCCGGGCAUCUUCUGCAAAUGCUUCAGCAUGUGUAUCUUCGCAUACAACUGCCACAUCAACGUCGUGCCUGUUUCCCAGGAGCUGACCAGACCUGGGGAAAAGCGCAUCGACAAGAUCACCAUGCGCGUGGUUGUGGUGCAGCUCGUUCUCUACAUCAUGCUCUCCUGGGGGGGCUAUGUGUCCUUCGGCAGAAACACGCCGGACAACAUAAUCACCGCCUACGACAGAAGCGACCCCAUGAUCACGCUGAGCAGGCUGAUGCUUUCCAUCACGAUUGCGGCAGCCAUCCCGACCUCCCUGAAUCCAACCGUGCGUUCGCUCCUGAACCUGUGCGAGCUGUGCGCCCCCUCCCUGCGCGAGGCAGACCCCGGCGGUCCCGGGCCCCAGCCGAAGCUGGAGCCGCUGCUGUCGGAGGCGCGUCUCGUGCCGCCCGAGGCCAGGAGGCCACGGCCAAGACUCCGCGAGUUCCUGCGGAAGGCCUUUGCCGUCUGCAGCUGCCUGCUCCAGUGCUGGGUGGCAGUGAAGGUGCGGAACGUGGCGUCCGUGAUACAGGUCCUCGGCGCGACGGUCAGCACGCUGAUGAUGAUGGUGAUACCGAUACUCCUGAUGCACCGCGCGUGCCCCGACCUGUACGGCCCGAUCCCCAAGUGGGGCUACACCCUGCUCCUGAGCGUGGCGGCCAUGCUGAGCAUCGCCUCCCUGAUAGUCUCGUAG